AUGGAAGAUGAAGUUGUUUCUGAAACUCCAAUCACUUUUUCUGAAAAUGCUGAGUCAGCAAAGAAAGAGACUUCAAAUGUGUGGAAGUUUUUUUCAAAAAUUGGUAAAGAUAAGGAUGGUGUGGAAAGAGCUGCAUGUAAUUUUUGUGAGCGUGAUUAUGCAAUUGGUAAAAAUCACAAGUCAAAAACAAACUAUGGGACUUCACAUUUAAGUCGUCAUAUUUCUGUUUGUAAAGGGAUUUCAAACUCGAAUCUAAAUGUGAAUGAGAUGUUAUCUAAUCCAAAGUCCAACAUGACACAAAUUAAUCAAAAGAUCCACCAUGAGUUGCUUGCCAAAGCUAUAAUUCAGCAUGAUCUUCCCUUUAAUUUUGUGGAAUAUGAGAGUAUUAGGGAAUGGAUAAAGUAUUUAAAUCCAAGUGUUGUGAUGCCUUCUAGGAAUACUGUUUUGUCAGAUAUUAAAAAACCUCCACAUACUGGAUCUGAAUUAGAAGCUAUACUAUUUGAUUGUUUGAAAUACUGGGGAAUAGACAAAAAGUUAUUUUCUAUCACUUUAGACAAUGCUUCUGCUAAUGAUAGUAUGCAAGAUAUUUUGAAAGCUCAUCUUCGUUUGCAAAAUAGUUUAUUGUGUGAUGGUGAAUAUUUUCACAUUCGUUGUUCUGCUCACAUACUUAACUUGAUUGUCCAAGAGGAUUUGAAAGUGGCUGGUGAAGCACUUUACAAAAUUAGAGAGAGUGUUAAGUAUGUUAAGAGUGCGAAGAAAAAGUUUGAGAAAUUGUAUGAAGAGCAUGUGAGUGAUCAUUUCAAUACACCAAGUUCUUCUCAAUCUCAACCAUUAACUGAAUCUAAUAUGUUGGACAAGGCAAGUGAUGAAGGAAGUAGGCACAAGCAAUCAAAAGUAUUCAAGGAGUUUAAAAAGUUUCAAAGUGAAACCAAAUCUAACAUUGGGAAGAGUGAAUUAGAUCUUUAUUUGGAAGAAAAAUCACUUGAUUAUGAUGAUAAUGAGGAUUUAGAUGUGCUGAGCUAUUUGGAAGAAAAAACCAAGGCUAGUGAUGAAUUGAAGAAUGAAGACUUUUUAUAUUUUGUAUUUUUUUUUUUGCCUGAAAGAUAG